UUAGUAAGAGGCGGGUCUUAAUUGACUGGUAUCUGCGAGCGGUGGGGUUAACUAGCCGAGCUGCUGCCCGGGCCUAGGCACGAUCCCUAAUCUCUAAAGCAGCCUCUUGGACCUGCGACCACAGUCUUACGCCAUGGAUCGCCAUCUCUGCACCUGUCGCGAGACCCAGCUCCGGAGUGGCCUCCUGUUCCCCCUGUUUCUACUAAUGAUGCUGGCAGACCUGACGCUCCCGGCCCAACGUCACCCCCCGGUGGUGCUGGUGCCUGGUGAUUUGGGUAACCAGUUGGAAGCAAAGCUGGAUAAGCCAAAGGUUGUACACUACCUUUGCUCCAAGAAGACGGACAGCUACUUCACACUCUGGCUGAAUCUGGAACUGCUUCUGCCGGUUAUCAUUGACUGCUGGAUUGACAAUAUCAGGUUGGUUUACAACAGAACAUCUCGGGCCACCCAGUUUCCCGAUGGUGUGGACGUGCGUGUCCCUGGCUUUGGGGAAACAUUUUCUAUGGAAUUCCUAGACCCCAGCAAGAGGAAUGUGGGUUCCUAUUUCUACACUAUGGUGGAGAGCCUUGUGGGCUGGGGCUACACACGGGGUGAAGACGUUCGAGGUGCUCCGUAUGAUUGGCGGCGAGCCCCGAAUGAAAACGGGCCCUACUUCUUGGCCCUGCGAGAGAUGAUCGAGGAGAUGUACCAGAUGUAUGGGGGCCCCGUGGUGCUGGUCGCCCACAGCAUGGGCAACGUGUACAUGCUCUACUUUCUGCAGCGGCAGCCACAAGUCUGGAAGGACAAAUAUAUCCAUGCCUUCGUCUCACUGGGGGCGCCCUGGGGGGGCGUGGCCAAGACGCUGCGUGUCCUGGCCUCAGGAGACAACAAUCGCAUCCCCGUCAUUGGGCCACUGAAGAUCCGGGAACAGCAGCGAUCUGCCGUCUCCACCAGCUGGCUACUGCCGUACAACCACACUUGGUCACAUGAAAAGGUAUUUGUGUACACACCCACGACUAACUACACGCUCCGGGACUAUCACCGGUUCUUCCGGGACAUCGGUUUCGAAGAUGGCUGGUUCAUGCGGCAGGACACAGAAGGGCUGGUUGAAGCCAUGACGCCGCCCGGGGUGGAGCUGCACUGCUUGUAUGGCACUGGUGUUCCCACGCCAAACUCUUUCUACUACGAGAGCUUUCCUGAUCGGGACCCCAAAAUCUGCUUCGGCGAUGGUGACGGCACAGUGAACCUGGAGAGCGUCCUGCAGUGCCAAGCCUGGCAGAGCCGCCAAGAGCACAGAGUAUCAUUGCAGGAGCUGCCCGGAAGCGAGCACAUUGAGAUGCUAGCCAAUGCCACCACCUUGGCUUAUCUGAAACGUGUGCUUCUGGAACCUUGACGUCCUACGCCGGGCCGGGCUGCUGGAUGGCUGGACCACGGAGCUUUUCUUGGCCUCUGACUCUUUCACGGUCUACAAGCUUGGCAGAGUUUGUGACCAUCAUUCAAGGUCCUAAGUCCCAGGAGGCAUCUGCCUCAGAGGAAUGCUAUUUCUCAACCUUUCUUCUGUAGAAUGGCCAUGAAGAAGGCAGAAGUGAGUGUGGACAUUUGAAGGAGAGACUGCUGCUGCUGCUGCUGAAUUGUGACCUCACGCUGGCUCUGGAGGCUGGCUCGUUUGGCCCCUCACCCCAGUCCCUAACUUGGACCAUGCAAUCCUCUUAGCUCUCUGGUCUUUCUACUCUAGCUCACUGGGCCCUCCUAACCUUCCCUUUUGAGGGAUGUUAGUUACUGAGCUGAUGUCCUGCCAUGAAAGAUUCCAUAGAGAUCCCCGGGUGACCUUCCCACGCACUGGCCUCAGGUAGCCCUCUACACUGGCCACAGGUGGCUAGAGCUGCUGGCUUCCCUAUGACCUCACUGGUGGACAUUCUGAGUGUGGGGUCUCCUGGAGGCAGUCGGGUAAGCCCCUGCAGGCAGGCUAGUUGCUCGUAUUGUCUCCGUGAUCCCUCCAGGCUGGGUUCUUUACAGUCUGCUCCUACCUCUCAUUUAGCAGCAUCCUAGUUCUGGACUGGACAGCAGAGGACCUCUCAAUUCUUGGGGGCCAUGUCCUAGGAUUCCUGAUGUCCCAGCUUGUGACGGAGGUCCCAGUACUGAAGCUGGCUCUGUUGGUUCUGGGACCUGUAGUUUGGGGGGGGGGGGGCUUACUGCCUUCUUUGAAGGUUCUUAGGAAGAAAGUGAGCUCAAGCCACAGUUGCUUAGAGCUUCCCAUGAGUCACCUUCUUGAGAACUCUACCAUUAUGGUGCACCCCGCUGUGGGGUAUUUCUACUAUCCACUUGAGCUGGCACAGGGUUGAGAGGUGGUAGAGAUCCUGCCCAAAGCUACCACCAGGCAGCUGAAUGGGUUUUGGUUUGCAGGAAACAGUCCAGAGCUUUGAAAAGGCUCCCAAGAGAGCUAGGAAGAGAGUCCCAGCUAAGGGGGUGUUGUUUGUUUGUUUGUUUGUUUGUUUGCCCCAGGGAUGCCACAUGGUCUCUGUGUGACAGCAGGGAUGGGGAAUCUGGGACUGCCUUAGGGACAGUGUACCUGACUAUGGACUUGGGUCAGCUUUUAAGUUGGGGUCUCAAAACCACUUAGAGGCUGGACCACACUGCCUUCCCAUAUCAUUUCUGACGCUGGACUUCCCUUGUUAAGCACAUUCCUAUCAUCUGUCCCUCACCUGAGUGUUGGGACCCCCCACUUGGGGCCCUGAGCAAACUGUACCUCGAUUUUGGCAAUAAAAGUAUUCUGGAUGCUGUAA